AUGACGACGAUGGUUAUGGAUACGAAAUUAAAAAAAGAUUUUUUAGAAGCGGAGGAAAAUAUUCAAAAAAUAUCGAAAAAAUUAAAAAACGAAAGAAUAUCGUUGAUAAAAAGAAAAUUUAAUUUAAAUAAUUUUGUCACACCGGAAUCACCCGCUAAAACAAAUUUUAAUAAAAAUGGCGAACGCGAUGAUGAUGACGUAUUAAUAAAAUCAAUUAAUGAUAUAAAUUCAUCUUUUGUACCUUUAAAUCAAAAUUACGUUAAUCAAAAUGAUUUUGAUAAAAUUUUAAUUGAUAAUAAAAAUAAAACCAUUUGGCCGAGCAGAAGAAUAGACGAAUUGCAAAAUUAUUACAUUCAAAAACAAUAA